GUAUGAGUUAGGAGGAGUAAUAAGAGGAAUCAACUAAAUAUGGGAAGGCAAUGUAUGACUAUGAUUAAUAUAUUUUAAGAAAUGAAUAAAUAGGAGAAUUGAUGGAACAUCUCGAUAGAGAACAUGAUAGUGAAGAUGAAGGCAUGGAAGAUUAUAAAAUUGGAGGUUAUAUUCAUAAAAUAAAUAUUAGGUUAUCAUCCAGUUCAUAUUGGUGAGAUUUUACUUAAUCGAUAUGUGAUUAUUUAAAAAUUAGGUUGGGGGCACUUCUCUACAGUCUGGUUGGCAAAAGAUUUCAAAUAUGAUACAUAUGUUGCAUUGAAAAUUCAAAAGAGUGCUUCUCAUUAUUUGGAAGCAGCAUAUGAUGAAGUAUAUAAAUUAUUUGAAAAAUUAGGUUGAAAUUCUUCAAAAAGUAGCUUAGAAUGUUCAAAACCCUGUUUGGAUUCAAUCUUUAAAAGAGUAUUAUGCAGAUGUAAGAAUAUAUUAUAUAAAUUCUUAGUAAGGAAGGACAUCAUUUAAUAGAGAUGACACUCAUACUGUUUAAUUGUUAAAUUCAUUUGUAUAUAAAGGACCAUAUGGUCAUCAUUUUUGUAUGGUUUUCGAGAUUUUAGGUGUCAAUUUACUAGAAAUUAUUAAAAGAUAUGAUUACAAAGGAGUAAUGAUUUGAUUUAAUAUUAGUGUCCUAUGGAUAUUGCUAGAAGAAUGGCAAAAUAAAUUUUAAUAGGAUUAGAUUAUCUUCAUCGAAUAUGUGGAGUAAUUCAUACAGAUUUGAAACCUGAAAAUGUCUUAUUAUGUUUAUCAGAUGAAGAAAUUAAAGAUAUAGUUGAAAAUGGAUAAUUGACUUCUAAUUAAUUGUUUUCAGAUAGGAUUCAUAUUUAUAGACAAAUGUUAGGAAUUGAUAAAAUUAAUGUUUAAGAACCAAUUGUAAAAAAAGAGGAUGAUGAACUAAGUGAAAACACUACAAAUUUAUCUAAAACUUAAAAGAGGAAAUUAUUAAGGAAAAAGAAAUAGAAAUAAUAACAUGAAGAAUAAAGAAAGGAAUCUUAGGAAGUCUAAGUAGAUUAAAUUGAAAUGCCAAAAUCUAUUAAGGAAUUAUUCUAGUAACAAAAGAAGUAAUAUAUUUAUUUAUUUGAUAUAAGAAUUUCAUUUACUCAAUAAAAGAAAUUGCCAGAUAAUUUUCGUUUGAAAAUAGCUGAUCUUGGCAAUGCAUGUUGGAUUCAUCAUCAUUUUUCUACUUUAAUAUAAACUAGAUAAUAUAGAUCACCUGAAGUAUUAUUAGGUAUCAAAUACAAUCCCACAGCUGACAUUUGGAGUUUUGCUUGCAUGAUUUUUGAAAUGCUUACAGGAGAUUACUUAUUUGAACCCAGAUAAGGACCUAAUUUUUCAAAGAAUGAGGAUCAUUUAGCAUAAAUUCAAGAAUUAUUAGGGAAAUUUCCAUAUGAAUAUAGUACAAGAGGAGUUAAGGCAAAAGUAUUAAAUAAUCUAAAUAAAUAGAGAUAUUUUUUAUAGAAUGGAUAAAUGAAAAGGAUACCAUAAUUACAUUUUUGGAAUUUACAUAAUGUUUUAACUGAGAAAUAUAGAUUCAAAUAAGAAGAAGCUUUAUCAUUUGCUUCAUUUAUGAUGCCCAUGUUACAUUAAUUACCAGAAUAUAGAACAACAGCUCAAGAAUUAUUAAAGAGAGAAUUAUGUCAGAACAAUUUAGAUCCAUAAUAAAAAAGAUGUUUACUUAAGAAAUAUAUAGAUCAAAUAUUCUAAUUUUAAAAUUUUAGGGACUUAAUUCCUAGUUCUGGUUGGUUAUAAUAGAAAACAGAUGCUAGAUUAGGACACAAAAUGAAUGAGGAAGAAUAUAAGAAAUAUACUAAAUAAAAGAGAGUAAAUGAAGAAGCAGAAUAAUUAGAUUAGGCUGUUGAUGGUAUAUAACCAACUUUAUUAUCAAAUUAUAGAAGAGUAUACAAUUCUUAUUAUUAUUUUUAGGCUUCAACAAGAUCAUAUAAUGGUUCUAAUUCUUAGACUCCUUAAUAGGAUAAAUUUAAAAAGUAGGAUGGUAAAUAUGUUGAUCAUAGAGUUAUUGACAGAUCCUUUACAGAUUUAGGAUAUAUUGGAUAUGGAGAUGGAAUUGAUUUAGAACAAUUGGAUAGUACAGGAAAUUGGUAAUUUAGUUGA